AUGUUUAAGCAAAGGGCUCUGGAAUUGGGGGUACUAGAGCCUUUCCAAAAAGUUGUUACUGAGGAAGAUUUGAUAAUGCGCCUAGAAAUAGUAGCUUGUGAUUCAACUUGUGCAAAUUGCAGGAUUCCUGACUCCAGCUUCUUCAGUUGUCACGGUUGUGUUGUCAACAUACUGUCGAGGUAUAACAAUCAAGAUAAAAGUCCACACAGGCAAAGACUUGUUUGGAAAUUAUCUUCGCGCACAUUGAAACUUCUUCGACCAACAGAUCGUCUUACAUCACUUCUGCCCACUAUUGAUGAAAAUGGAUGUCUACCAAGGCUUAGAACUGGCAGUGUGAGUUCUGUGGACAGUGAAGAUACUGAAGAUUGGCCCACCAGUCCUCUUGUUCCUGUUUGUGAGCAAUGUUAAUAGAAUUUUUUUGCAAAAUAGAUAUUUAUAUUACAUAAUCAUAUUCACAAAAUCUAUCUGACCAAAGGAGAAUAAUCACUGAAAUUUAAAAAUAUCUAGUAUAAUUUAAGUUGUUGGUAAAUACCAAAUCUCUCGAAAUAUUUUUUAAAUAUUUUGUUUAAAGAAUAAUUUACUAUAGUGAUUAAUGGGCAUAUCUUUUUGUGAUCUUUAUUCAGCACAGAUAGUGAUUAAAAGUGCUGAUGUUUUUUUAAAAAUUUAACUCUUAUUUUAUAAGUGAGUAUGUGUUUAUUUUUUUAUAAAAAGGAGUAAUUCUUAUUUGACGAUGUUUACUAUCUGUCUUAGAAGUUUUAAUGUAUGUUUGAAGAGU